UCCCACUCUCGCCCGUUAUUCUUGUGUGAAGCAUCUCGGGAGCAAUGCCUCGAGCUUCUCGAGUCCCUCCAAGGCUCGUCACCAACCCUUUCCAGAAACCACCUCCCAGAGGCAAGGCGCCUCGAUUGUGGAAUGCCAAACGAAGGAUCCCAAGCUUGGUGGGAUUGUCCCGACGAGACUUAUUGAGACAAGAUGCUGGGACACCGACCUUUCGUCCUGCUGAUGAAUUGUUCGGAUACGACCUUCAGAGAGCGCGAACCCGCCCUUCGCCAGAAGCUGAAAUCGCAGAGAUUGAAUUGAGACGAGUCAAGCUUCGUGCUGCCAGCCCUCCGGAAGACACCAACUGGUGGCAGCAGGAUCAAAACCGCGUCCUACAAUACAUGCAAAAUCACCCCAUCUAUAGCAAGCUCUCACUGGACGUCCAAACCUUUAUCGUCGCCAAUCCACAGCUCGAUGACAAGGCACUUCGAAGAAUGAUGUCUAAUCCCCCGGCAUAUUUCCGUACAUCCCGAAACGUUCCCUUGGAACAACGACAGCAAGUUUACUUCCCUCAAGUACACGAGGCGGUCAUCCUCCUUCGCACCCCCAAUCUCUCACCUAAUUUCGCAUGCUUCGAGGUUCCCCUACGCUUCAACAAACUCGAUAUGCGAGACUACCUCAAGUCGGUGUACGAUGUCGAUGUUCUACAAGUCCGAAGCUACAUCCAUCAGACAAAAGAUAGGGAAGUGAGAACACUCUCCAAAUUUGGAGCACCCCGAUUUGCCCGGAUACCCAAUAUCAAGAAGAUGACAGUACAAUUGGUCAACCCAUUUGUAUGGCCUGAAGAGAUUACAGAUCUUAAACCAUGGGAUCACGAAGAAUUCUGGCGCACGUCGAUACUGUCGCGAAAAGAAAUGGAGGCGCAAAUGAAGAUGCCAUUAAAAGCGGACUCGGUACAGCGAGCUGCUCUCAAAAGGGAAGCCAAAUCAGUCAUCGCCGGAAAGUCCAAGUCGCAGUGGAAGCCGACAUGGCACGAACUGCACAGCAGUGCCAAAGUCAUGGACGAUUCUCUGAUGAGCGUCCCGCCACCGAGACCACAGCCUCAAAUCCUGUUUACCAAAAAGAGUUGGAAGAGGAGACCAUCAAUGCCCUUAUAGGCUGAUUGACGAGUGCCUCGUAGACUUUUGUGGUUGUGGAGAUUGAUCUCGCCCAUAGAUGUGUUUUACAUUGGGGAAUUCGUUGUAUAUACCAAAAACCUGGGACGAGAGAGGUGGGUAUGCAUUGCUUCAUAUGCAAGCGCUGUAUCAACAAUAAAAAGGAUGGCGAGAUUCCGUUAGAGGAUCUUCAAUUCCAAUUGUUCAUUGA